AUGCUAAGACCGUACAGCUCGCUACGAUUGCUGUGGACAGGCCCGGCGGCGGUGGCGAAGCUAGCGGUGGCAGCGAAGGCGGCGGCGAGGGUGGUGGCGGCGAGGGUGGCGGUGGGCUCGGAGGCGGGGGCGACGGCGGCGGCGGGCUCGGCGGCGGCGGGCUGGGAGGUGGUGGCGAGGGUGGCGGCGGCGAGGGUGGCGGCGGCGAGGGCGGCGGCGGGCUCGGUGGCGGUGGCGAGGGUGGCGGUGGGCUCGGAGGCGGGGGCGACGGCGGCGGCGGGCUCGGCGGCGGCAGGCUGGGAGGUGGAGGCGAGGGUGGCGGUGGCGAGGGUGGCGGCGGCGAGGGCGGCGGCGGGCUCGGUGGCGGUGGCGAGGGUGGCGGUGGCGAGGGCGGCGGUGGCGAGGGUGGCGGCGGCGAGGGUGGCGGUGGCGAGGGCGGCGGUGGCGAGGGCGGCGGUGGCGAGGGCGGCGGUGGCGAGGGCGGCGGUGGUGAGGGCGGCGGCGGUGACGGAGGUGGUGGCGAUGGAGGCGGGGGCGAGGGCGGCGGCGGAGGUGGUGGCGAUUGAGGAGGAGGGAGUAAUGGCGACAUCGAAAGUGGGCGGGUGCAUGUAUGGUCCGACACAUCUAAAGUGGAAGGGUGGCGUAGGGGAGAAGUACUCUUGA